CAUAUAUCAAUGUCAAAAGUGAACAUUUUUAUCUGUGACGUGCACGCUGAUUGCGAAUUAUUUGGAAUUUGUAUUCAAGAUCAAAAAACUAUAGUUUAGAAGCUGUUGUUAAUAGUUCUAACACUGAAAGUGAUGUUACUGUAAAAAUGGGUAACCACAGCACCCACGAAAAAGGAUUCUCUGACGGUGGAAGCGGUUCCAGUACCCCCCGAGGGUCAACCAGAGGUACUCGUUCAGGAUCCAGCGGCGAACUGCAAGGCCACCAGGAAAAGACUGAAAACCAAACAACCUCCUUAGUACCCGUAGAAAAGCUUGGCAAGUUGCUUGCGCAGAGAUCGCAAAAGGAGGAUGGAAUCAACGGCGUCACAGAAAAAUGUUUUACCAAAUAUCUAUUCCCAAUGUACCCAGAGCUGGCGCGUCAGUUCUACAACUACAUACACAAAAGUGGAAAAUGCAAAAACAAGCACAUUCCUGUAUCCACGUUCCGGCAACAGUGCGAGAGAAUCCUAGCCAUGCUUGACGACAACAUCAUCAUUGACACUUAUGUGAGAAUGUUCAGUUCGGACCCAGAGGAAGGUCUCAUCACCCCUGAUGACUUGAGGAGUCUCCUCUUCAUCAGCUACAAGCUAUCUAUGGACCACUACCCUGAGGGUCCGCAGACUUGCCCUAUGAUCAAUAAAACCCUAACAGCGGUAGUAAGAGGUUGCUUCAACAAGAAAGACUCCCACAGCGUCGGCUUCGUGGUUCGCUGGCUGGAGGAACACUGCCACAGAUUAAUAUUUCCCAUACACAGAUACUGCGUUCACAUGCUAGCAACGCGGUACCGGGAGAUCGAAGCGCGAGUGGAGGCGGGCAACGGCGGCGGGGACGGCUUGGAGCUGGGCACGCCGGUGCUGGAGCGCUGCGCCUGGGCCGGCUCCGGAGCCCUGCUGCCCGUGUCCGCGGCCUGGCUGCUGGCCGCGACCGCGCCGCCUCUCUACAGCCGGCCCUUGAAGCCUCCUACACAGCCGCACCCGGGAGGUACGAGCGCGUCGGCAGCCUGGCUGGCUCGUCUAGUGUGCACGUUGCCUUCCCACUGGGCGCCGCUGUACGCGUCGCGCGAACAUGGUUUGGGAACGAACCGGUUUCUGCACCACACCUUAGCUUAUAGAGGUCCUACCCUCAUAGUUGUGGAGGGAGCGGCGACGGGUGACGAGGGUGUGGCGGAAGGAGUAACUUUAGUAAUAGCAUCUCCUCAAGAGUGGAAGGACACCCAUCAGUAUUGGGGCGGCCCCGACUGCGCACUUAUACAGCUUCUGCCUUCAUUCGGUCUAGUAGAGCACGCUCCAAAGAUGCUAUACCUAAACUCGUCUAUCCGAGGCUACCCCAAAGGCUUGCGUGCGGGCUCCGACCCUCGCAAGCCUUUGCUGGCCAUUAGUGAAGGUUUCGACUCCUUCACCUUCAAGGGCGUGCCUUACCCCCUCAGUGCUAUUGAGGUUUGGGGUUGUGGAGAGCAGUCAUUAAGAGAAGCGCAGAUGGAGGUCAAAAAGUGGCAAGUGAAGGAAGCUGAGAGGCAAAGAUCGGUAAAAAUAUCAGCGGCCGACUGGAUCGAGCAUCCUGACAGAUACCUGCUAGAGCUGGCGGGACGACCUCAGUACAAUAAUUCGGCCAAGUAGCUACAUAUCUUUAUAUUUAAAAAAAUAAUAUUUGUCUGACCGUCUAUCUGUCAGUUCGUUACCAAGGCACAUCGUUCAUCCGAUUGAGUUAAAACUUAGUACAGUUGCUGUUGGCACUUGCGUGAAGGUUUCUGACGUAAUACCUUAACGGAUAAAUAAGUGGCCUGCGAAUCGUAUUGCAUGCCGGGCAUUAGUGAGUUAUAAAAAAUUAGGGCUGAAAGGACAUUUCGAAGUCAAAAUAUUAUACGUCAUAUUUUGUACUUAGAAAAUUGGAUUUUUUUGUACUUAAUCCACAGAUCCAGCAACUUUUUUUUGAAAAUUUUUGUAAAAAAAUUUAUGAAAAAAAAAUCACCAACCCAUCGCCUUCGCACGGCUCUCCUUUCAGAGUGAGAAGCGUUUUGACCAUAGUCUACGACGCUGGCCAAGUCGGCAGACUUCACACACCUUUGAAAACAUUAUGCAGAACUCUCAGGCAUGCAGGUUUCCCCACGAUGUUUUCCUUCACCGUUAAAGCAAAUGAUAUUUAAUUAUUUAAAACGCAUAUAACUCACGAAAAGUUAGAGGUGCGUGCCCGAGAUCGAACCCCCGAUCUUCGAUUAGGAGGCGAGCGUCCUAACCACUAGGCUGUCACAGCGUAAUUGAAACUAAACUAGCUUUAAGAAGAAAAAAAAUAGUGGAUAGUAAUUUAUAUUUUAAAAACUAGCCAAAAUUAUGCUCUAAAAGAACUAAUUUAAGAUUUGUAAUAAUUUAAAAAUGGCACAAGAAAUUCGUAUUGCUUUCCACGUUCAAAAAAUAUUAGAACAAUAAUUAUUAUAUUAUUAUCAAAAAAAAAAAAAAAACAUGUUUGAACUAAGUUGGCAAAAAUGUAUAAUUAAAUGUUCCUAAACCAUGUUUUGUUAGCCAUAAUAAAAAGUCAUUUGUAUGUAAAAGACAAUUUUAGUUUUAUAAUAUUUUGACAUCACUUUUAAAUAUUAUUAAUUUUAUUUAAGUUUUAACUGCUAAGGUUCAUGAUUAGUUAUUAUUUUUUAUUUCCUUAUAAUCAGCCUUAAGUUGCGUUCAGACUGUGUAAAAAAGCAUGUUAUAUAACAUACUGUAAUAGCAUUUUAGUAGACUGCAGGAUUGUUAUACAAUAAUAGUAAUUAGUAAUAAAUAAAUUACAAUGUGUGCAUGUAAAGAACAAACAUUCUGAAUAAUAUGUUACAUAAUCUGAACGCACCUUAAUUUGUAAUAAUGACUUUCUUAUGGCUAGUCUUCAAUUUAGUAUGACAAUAUUACAGUUAACAAUAUUUAACGGACUCAAACUGUCUGACAUUCUUAGUACUUCACGUGGAAUAUUUUGUAACAACACCACUUCAUACGAGACUUCAAAUAUUGUAUUUACGAAAAUAAUAUUAAAUGUUAUAGCUCAUAAUAGUUCUAUAGUAAACCCAGGUGCUUGUAUAUUAUUGUAGGCAAUAAGGUGGGAAAAUUAACAGUAAUUUUAUUAAACUAACAUGGCUUUAGAGUCUAAAAUAUGUUUGAGUUUUGAUGGGUAUGUUUUCAAAAUAUUUUGAGCAUUUUAAUAGUCAUGCCUUGAAAAGUUUUGAAUACAUAUUAUCUGGUUUUUGUUUACAUCAAACCAAAGUUUUAACCGAAUAAGUGAUUAUUUUGUAUUACAAUUUUUAACCUAUACAUAACAAUAUCAAUGAUGAUUUAAUAAUCAAUCUAUUUAUAAUAUUCAAUCAUGAUAUUUAAAUUUCGGUGAACGUGUUGCUCUACUAGAGGACCAAUUAUUUGUUGUGAAUUAUUUAUUUUAAAAAGUUUGCUUACGCACGAUUUUACUUUUGAAUGUACUGACGCGAAUUUGAGAACGUCUUAAGGUGAGUCCACACUUACAUUAUUUUAUAUAGUAGAAAAAAAGUAUUAUGUAUGGCUAAAACCCUGUUAAAACCAAAUACAAAUCGGUCACGCGUUACGCGUUAUGUCAAUGUGUAGGAUUACGUUACGAUGUUAUAUAACAUUGUUACAUAGUCUAGACUCACCUUUAGGAUAUAGAGACAUCCAACAAUUUAGAAUUUCACAGAAAAUCUUUUUAUGUGAACGCUAAGCUUUCGAUAAUCUACUAAAAUGCUUUGCUUAUAAAUGUAAUAUUUUGGUCUGAAUAGUGAUGUAAGUGUUGCCUUAUUAUUGAAACUAAUGGAAAUGCUUUACUGUAUAAAAGUGUAAAAAUAGAUGAUAAUAAUUAUUCCUUAUAAUAAAAGUAUUUUAAUAAA